AUGAGUAAAACUACUGAAGCCGAUUCUGCUACCGUUAAGAAUGAAUUAAACCAAUUUGAACAACAUUAUUUCAAUUCUUACGACCAUUUUGGUAUCCAUGAGGAAAUGCUACAAGAUACUGUUCGUACCUUAUCGUACAGAAAUGCUAUCGUUCAAAAUAAGGAUCUAUUUAAAGAUAAGAUUGUUUUGGACGUUGGUUGUGGUACUGGUAUCUUGUCUAUGUUUGCUGCUAAAAAUGGUGCCAAACAUGUUAUAGGUGUUGACAUGUCAAAUAUAAUUGAAAUGGCCAAAGAAAUCGUUGAAUUGAAUGGUUAUUCAGAUAAGAUCACUUUACUACGUGGUAAAUUAGAAGAUGUUGUUUUACCAUAUAAAAAAGUUGAUAUCAUUAUUUCUGAAUGGAUGGGUUAUUUCUUAUUAUACGAGUCUAUGCUAGAUACCGUUUUAUAUGCCCGUGAUAAGUAUUUAGUCGAAGGUGGUUUAAUUUUACCAGACAAGUGCUCCAUUCAUUUAGCAGGGUUGGAAGAUUCUCAAUACAAAGAUGAAAAAUUAAAUUACUGGCAAGAUGUUUAUGGAUUUGAUUAUUCUCCGUUUAUUCCAUUGGUUAAAAAAGAACCAUUAGUUGAUAUUGUGGACAACAAGUGUGUUAACACUACAAAAACCAAAUUGAUUGAGUUUGAUCUAAAUACCGUUACAGUUGCUGAUUUAGCAUUCACUUCUAAAUUUAAGGUAGAAGCUAAAAGACAAGAUUUUAUUAACGGUGUUAUCUGUUGGUUUGAUAUUGUAUUCCCAGCUCCAAGACAUAGAAAACCAAUUGAAUUUUCUACUGGCCCUCAUGCUCCAUAUACUCAUUGGAAACAAACCGUAUUCUAUUUCCCAGAUGACUUAGAAUGUGAAAAAGGUGAUAUAUUGGAAGGUACCUUAGUUUGUAAGCCUAGUAAAACUAAUAACAGAGACUUAGAUAUUAAGAUCAAAUAUGAUUUCCAAGCUAAGGGUGCCGACUCUGAAGAAAGAUCUGUCAAGAACGAAGGUUCUUUUAUUAUGCAUUAG